AUGUAAAAUUCUACUGAAAUUAAUCUAGCUAACUUUAAUGACGGAGAUGUUUCACAAUCUUUCAAUUAUUCUAAUUAAUGGUGGAAUAUUCCUUAUGAAUACGAAGAUAGGUAUAACACAAAUGACUCAUAACAACUGCUUAUUAUCUGUGUUAUAGCUAUAGAAAAUAAUAUAUUUAAAAUCUUUAUAGCCCAAUUAGAUACCUAAGAAAUAAAAUACAGCUAUUCAGUUUAAGAUAGUAAAAUAACAAAUGCUGUCAAUGAUCCUUUCCGCUAAUUAAUACUUUUAGUUAAUAACUAAGGAUAGACACUAGUAUUUAAUUAUAGCUUAAAAUUAAUUAAAAUAAUUUAAAACUCUUGCUUAAAGUAAGCUAAGAUUUCUUUUGAUUCCUAUUUUAUUUACUCAAUAUGUCCAAAUGAUAUCAUAAUUUAUAACGGUUUAAGCUUCUAGUAGUAGUACCCUAAAAUUCAAUCAGGUUUAAAAGAAGUGACAAAUAUAGUUAAUAUUUAAUAUGAUAACUUAUUUAUUAUCACAUAAAAACUUAAUUCUUUACUUGUAAAAUUGAGUUUUAAUUCCUAGUAUGAGUUAAUUUAAAUUAUAGAUUAAGAAGGUAUGCAACUUUCUAAAGUUGAAUUAAACAAAGAUUCAAAUAAUAACAUCUUUCUGGAAAUGCUAUUUUCUUCCUAUCGAAAUAUAUUCUACUAGAUAAUACCUUUGUCUAAAAAACAAUCUUGUAAUAUAGAAAUUUUAUAGCAAAUUAGACCUUUAGAAAACAUUUAUUUUCUAAUUGAACUAAGUAAUAGUCUUAAUACUUUAUAAAGCAGUUAGUAAAAACUUUCAGUUUUUAAAAUAAAUUACUUAGAUCAAUAAUAUAUUUAAAGCAUUGAUUUAGACAAUAUCUAAGAAAAAAAUAUAGAUCCUAAUAAACUUCUUUCUUUAGUUAUCUAAUCUAGCGUAAUUUUUAAUAACAUUUAUUGGUCGAAAAAUCAAAUUAACUCACAAAACAUUAGAAAUGUGCUUAUAAACAAUAUGAGUUUAAAUAUAAUUGACAGCAUUACCUUAAACUAAAAUGCUGAAAUGAAAAAUUUCUAGUUGAUUGACAUAAUAUUAAAUGUUGAGAAUACUCUUAAUAUUUCCAAUUUUGAUUAGGUUUAUCUUUAAAAUAUAAAAUUCAAUAGCAAAAAGCUUGGAAAUAAUCAAAUAAUUAUUUCUAACAAUAAAUUAGUAAUAAUUGAAAAUAUUACAAUUGAUAGCAUUCAAACUGAAUAACUUACAUUUUAUUUAUCAGAUAACGUCAAUUUGGUUAUAAAGCAAAUAUUCAUUAAUAAGUUAAGUAAAAACAACAUUUUUUAGAUCUAAAACAAUUAAUACAUUGAUAUAUAAGAUAUCUAAGUAUUUGAUGCUAUCUUGAUUUCAGUUUUCUAAAUUUCUCUUUGCUUAAAAUUAAAUAUCACAAAUAUUUAUUUAAAAUAAGUAAAUUCUACUUAAUUAUUGUAUCUUUAAGGGAUUGCUGAAAUUUAAGUUUCGUAAAUUACAGUAAAUAGUAGUAAUUAAGUUAAAAUAUUAACAAUAGAGCCAUUUUACGAAAAAAAUAUUUAGUAUACUUGUCUAUCUGAUGUAAUAUAAUGCAUCAGUGUUUUAAAUUCUAAAGAAGUUUCAUUUGAUAUUUAGGCCUCUAAUACUUCUAUAUCUGAUUUUUAUAUUUAUUAAUCAUCAAUAUCAAAAACUUGCUUUUAAGUAUAAUCUACAAAUUUAGUAAUUACAAAUUUCAAAAUCGAAGAAGUACAACCACAGUUAGACGGCACCUUAAUAUAGAGUUAAUAUAUUAAUAACAAUAAAUAUGUAUUUCUAUAGAUUUUUGACUUUUAAAAUUGCAUCAUAAACAACUUAACAUCCUUGAAUAAUUAAAUAACCGUAUUAUCAAUAAAUUAGCAACCUGAUAAUGUUGGUAAUUUUACUAUGAAUUUUUCAAGACUUUCUAGUUAAGAGAUUAAUGAGCCGUUAAUUGAAUUGAAUUUCGUAGAUACGAUUCUUUUUAAUGAAGUUUUAAUAGAGAAUAAUGUGUUAAAGUAAAACUUAUAUACAUCAAUAGCAUAUGUAAGCUAAUGUAAUAGUAUAACAAUAAAUAAUAGCCAAUUUAAAAAUAACACUAAUUUUAAUGGAAUAGGAGGUUCUUUGUAUGUUUUUAACUGUUUGCAUAUUUUGAUAUAGAAUUCCAUAUUUAAAUAAAAUAAAUGCUUGAGAUUAAAUGGUGGAGCUAUUAGCAUUUAGAAUUUUGUUAACAUUGCUUAAGUAAAUAUAUAAAAGUGUUAAUUUAUACUUAAUUCAGCUGCAUUUUCAACUGGUGGAGCAAUUAACUUGUCAUAUGCAAACUUGAUAAUAGAAAAUUCUAAUGUUACUUCUAAUACUGCGAUUAUAGGAGGCGGGAUCUACUAUGAAUAAGUUAUACCAGAUUUUGUAUUAGAAAAAUCUAAUAAUAUUAGUAAUAAUAAAAAUAAAAUCAUAAACAAUUAUGCUAAAAUUUUUGGGCAUAAUAUUGGCUCAACGAUUAGGAAAAUUGAUAUAGACUUAAAGAAUAUUAAAAUACCAAAAGGAAGUGUAAAAAUUUUGGGUGAAAGAUAAAUAGAAAUAAGAGAGUUCAAAAGUGGAAAUUAAAUUACUUUUGAAGGUAUAUAAUUACUUGAUGAAGAAAAUAAUCCAAUAAAGAUGUCGAAUAUAAAUAUAACAGAAUUUUAAUUUUACAGCAGUGAUAUCCAAAGCUUUGUUUAGUCAUUAUCUGUAUCUUUGAAUUGGGAUUAGUCAAAUAAGAAAAUACAGGUGAUAGGAUAAGUAUAAUCUAAACAAGUAAUUAACAACGGAAUUAAUUUACAAUCUCAGAUUAUGUAUAUGCCUUAAAGAAGUAUGAGUCUAUAAAUAGUUUUAGAUACUUUACCUAAUUUAAUUGACUCUAAAAGGAAUACUUUUUUCCUUUAAGAUUAGUUUUAAAAGAAUUUUACAAUUAAUUUCACUAGUUGUUCAAUCGGAGAAAUAACGGUGCAAUAAAUUGAUUCUAUAAUUUGCCAAGAGUGUCCAAAAGGAAAAUAUUCUUUAGAUUAAUACAGCACCUCUUGUAAACAGUGUCCAGAUUCUGCUAAAGAAUGCCAUGGUUCUACAAUAAAUUUAAAGAAUGGAUAUUGGAGAGAGAAUAAUAAAACUGAUAUAAUAAUAUAUUGUAAUAAAAAUCCAGAAUUUUGCUAAGCUGAGUCACCAGAUUCAAAGGUAAUUUUUUUUUUUCCUUUAAAAACAGGGCUUUUAAUAGAGUCAUGA